AUGGGCCAAAAUAGCACAGGAGUGUUGGAACUGUUGAGCCGCAUUAAAAAAGAGGACAAUUUCGAGUGUUUGCUGCUAAUGAAAAACCAUAACGCCAGCUAUGUGAUGGAUGAGCAAGGAAAUGACUUUGCCAGGAGUCUAAUGGAGGCAAUAGAAACGCCUGUGUUGCAGCUUGAUGAGCGAGUCGGUUACUUUCUUUAUAGCAAGCAAUCGAAUAGAGUGUUGUCUGUGGUCUACAUGAUUAACACUGAUUUGGAUAUCCAUCGGGGUUUGCUCAAGGCUCUGGUGGCCAAUUUACGUACGAUGACCACAUCUGGAGUGGUUUUUGUGGUGCAGCAAGGUGAAGUGGACGAGACAUUUCUCUACAAACUAUUUACGCAAUGCUGGAGACUGAAGUUGCUCAAUGUUCUGGUGAUGUUCGAGGACUUUGAGUUGACUCAAAACUUCUACAGCUAUAAUCACUUUCCUCGCUUUCAACUCGAAGAGCGCAUCUUUGAACCAUCAGCAAUCAUCUUUCCACAACGUUUACAAAAUCUUCAUGGCUUCGAACUCUCCAUCAUCAUCGGUGGCUCUUCGCCCCGCAUAAUUGGCUACUAUGAUAGGCAGGGCAAAGCGGUUUACAAGGGCGUGGUCGGUCACUACAUGGCGAACUUCCAGCAGAAGUACAACUGCAUCUUCGUCGAGCCCUUUCCCGCCAAUGCCACCGCCUUUGCGCCCUCCACGGAUGUGAUGAACGCUGUGAACAACGGCAGCGUGGAACUCUCUUUCGCGAUCACCUUUCCCUUUCGUCUGACUCUGCGCGGCUUCGCCUAUCCCAUCGAGCAGAUGCACUGGUGCCUCAUGCUGCCCGUCGAGGCGGAUGUUCCUCCCUCGGAGUACUACGUGCGCGUCUUUGAGCUGGCUGCCUUUCUUCUGACCCUGGCCACCAUGGUGCUCACCUCGUUGACGCUCUCCACAGCGCUGCGACAGCAUGGCUAUCGAGUGCAGCUCAUGGACUACGUGAUGCACGAGAACAGUUUGAGGGGAGCGUUGGGUCAAUCCUUCUACGAGGUGCUGAGGGCACCAAUUGUGGUGCGCGUCAUCUACGUGCAGAUCUGUGUGCUGGGCUUCCUGCUCACCGCCUGGUACAAUUCCUACUUCUCGGCCUACGUGACCAGCUCGCCCAAGGAGGCGCCCUACCUCAACUUCGACGAUGUGCUGGCUUCCCACCUCAAGAUCGUAGCCUGGGCGGAGGAAUACAAUGAGCUUGUUGCUCGCUUGGCAUCGCUAAGGAAGUACGCACCCAUGUUCUAUGUGGAGCCCGACUUUAGCACGUACAUCAGCAUGCGAGAUUCGUUUAACACGGAGUAUGGCUACAUGAUGCCCACUACCAAGUGGGUGGUGAUCGAUGCCCAGCAGAAGACGUUCACCAAGCCGUUAUUUCGCAUGCGCACCGAUUUCUGCUUCUUUCAGAAUAUACCCUUUGGAUUCCCAGUGCAAGAGAACUCCAUCUAUCUGGAGCCACUCAAAGCUUUGAUACUCGACAUGGCAGCCACUGGUCUAACCUCGCAUUAUACGCAGAGUGCGUUCAUGGAGCUGGUCGAGUCGGGAGAACUUCACUUUACCGAUCUCAGUCCGGCCAGAGAGUUCCGCGCCAUGCAGCUGCAGGAUUUGCAAUACAUUUGGUAUGGAUUCGCCUUCAUGGCGGCGCUUUCUUCCUCGGUGUGGCUGAGUGAACUCUUGUGGAAUUGGCUGCGAAGGAGGCGGAAGAAUAAAUAG